UCCCCCCUACUUCCGUAAAUACCAGUAGUGGAGCUAGCAGCUUCAGCAGAAAGUGAAAACACACACGGACGGUGUACCACAGCUCUCUGCCAUGGUCACACCGUUAACCGGGAGCCGUUAACGACUCCAGAACCUGACAGCUCACCGCAGUGACUGCAGCAGCUCUGGCAGCAGCUCUAGCAGCAGCUCUAGCAGCAGCUCUGGCAGCCUCGUCCAUCCAGACCGUCCCCCUGCCCUCGUCCCCUGCCCUGCCGUCAGACUGAAGUUCAUCCCUCCAACCUGCCGUCCCUGCUGCAGUAUUACAGUGAGCACAUCAUGGUGGAUGUAACCAAAUGGCCCCUUUUCAGCCUGAUGGGGCCUCAGGAGCUUUCAACCAUACGGAAAGCGUGCGUGUUUGGAACGUCCGCCAAUGAGGCCAUCUACAUCACCAACGAUGACGAGGUGUACGUGUUUGGGCUGAACUGCAGCAACUGCUUGGGAACAGGAGACAGCCAGAGCACAAUAGUGCCCAAGAAGCUGGACUUCCUGAGUGGCAGGAAGGUGGUCAGCCUGAGCUAUGGCAGCGGACCCCACAUCCUGCUGGCCACAGAGGAUGGAGAGCUGUUUGCCUGGGGCCAUAAUGGCUACAGCCAACUGGGAAACGGGACGACCAACCAAGGCGUCGCUCCAGUGCUGGUGUCUGCCAACCUGCUCAAUAAGAAGAUCACAGAGGUGGCCUGUGGCUCGCACCACUCCAUGGCUCUGACCGACUCGGGGGAAGUGUAUGCGUGGGGCUACAACAACUGUGGUCAGGUGGGUUCGGGCUCCACAGCGAACCAGCCGACGCCCCGCAGGGUGUCCAGCUGCCUGCAGAACAAGCUGGCCGUCAGCAUCGUCUGCGGUCAGACCUCGUCGCUGGCAGUCGUGGAUAAUGGAGAGGUGUACGGCUGGGGCUACAAUGGCAAUGGGCAGCUCGGACUUGGAAAUAACGGGAACCAGCUCACUCCCUGUCGACUUGUAGGUCUGCAGGGUUUAUGCGUGCAACAGAUCGUCUCAGGCUAUGCCCACUCCUUGGCACUGACUGACGAGGGGCUGCUUUACGCUUGGGGUGCCAACACAUAUGGACAACUGGGCACCGGGAACAAGAGCAACCAGCUGAGCCCAGUUCAGAUCAUGACUGAGAAAGAGAGGAUUGUAGAAAUCGCUGCCUGCCACUCCACGCACACAUCAGCUGCUAAGACCCAGAGUGGUCAGGUGUACAUGUGGGGGCAGUGCAGAGGUCAGUCCAUAGUGCUGCCUCACCUCACGCACUUCACCUGCACCGACGAUGCCUUUGCAUGCUUCGCCACCCCCUCGGUGAUGUGGAGGCUCCUUUCCAUGGAGCACGACGACUUCUUGACCGUGGCUCAGUCUCUGAAGAAGGAGUUUGACAACCCAGAGACAGCUGACCUCAAGUUCUGCGUUGAUGGCAAAUAUAUCUAUGUCCACAAAGCGGUUCUCAAAAUCAGGUGUGAACACUUCAGAUCAAUGUUCCAGUCCCACUGGAAUGAAGACCUGAAGGAGGUGAUUGAAAUAGACCAGUUCUCCUACCCCGUCUACCGCUCCUUCCUGGAGUUCCUCUACACUGACAACGUGGAGCUGCCUCCUGAAGACGCCAUCGGGCUGCUGGAUCUGGCAACGUCAUACUGUGAGAACCGCCUGAAACGUCUAUGUCAGCACAUCAUCAAGAGGGGAAUCACGGUGGAAAACGCCUUCUCUCUGCUGUCUGCUGCUGUGCGUUACGAUGCAGAGGACCUGGAAGAAUUCUGUUUCAAGUUCUGCGUAAAUCACCUGACCGAGGUGACCCAGACCACCGCUUUCUGGCAGAUCGACGGCAAUCUGCUCAAAGACUUCAUCUGUCGAGCCAGUCGCUGUGGAGCCUUUAAAAACUGACCUCAAGCCGAGGUGAUGAUCGGAGCAGAGGAUGCUGCAGGACUCCAGGAGUGAUUUCUCCAAGUACGUCAUCACCUCUCAAUGACAGAAGUUUUUAGAUCGUCACUGUUGAAUCUGUUACUCGUCUCAUUCCAGAUGAGAAGCUGUACAUACUGAAACGAUGAGCUGACAGGUAGCAGCAUCGUUACAUACAGUGGCUGUUUCCCACAGUGCCUGGCCUGCUCAUUUACACACAUUGUGUAAAGUGGGAGCUUAAAUGCGUCACGGAGCAUGCUGUUGCUUGAUCGAGUUAUUUCUUUUUAACUUGAAAGGUUCUGGCCAGUCGCCUGAUAUCAUUUUGUGUUUUCUAUUUUUCUGUUGAGUUGACCAAGUUACGGUACUUCCAGGGUUUGCACUUGUGUUUUGAAUAUCCUAGUUUGGAUGUGCCAUCUGGAUUCACGGUAUUUAGGCUGAGAUAUGAGACUCUUUGCACUUGUAGAUGUGAGGAUAGAAAACCAUUUGGAGUGUGAACACUGAUGUUAAUACUCCAGCAUUCAAGGCUGGAUUGAAUCUGUUUAGGUCAAAUUGAACUCAGUGAAUGUUAGUCCUAUUGGCCUCCACAGCUGCAGUGCUGAGGCCUGAUAUUCUGUCCAAGGAUGCAAGUUACACAGUUAGGUUCAGUCUUAGUUUGUGGAUGCUACAGGCUGGAUUGUGUUAUUGUGGAUAGCGACUGCUCCACAACAUUAAAAGCUUUUUUUUAAAGUCUGUUUUUACCCCACAAAACAAUUCAGUUAAAUUUACCCGGUUGUCAGUGGAUACAAAUGUAUAGAACCAUUAAAACGAAGGAGAAUUAUGGUCAAUAGCUCCUAUUCAUGUGGCUGUUGUGGCUUUAAGUGUUUGCAUUCACCUCCAUUGUAGAGGUUCAGGGUAAUGAUGAGUCGCACAAAACUAUUUAAGAACGACAUUUAGCCUGAGCUCCCUGCAGCUUUCCAAAGAAAGACGACUUUUACAUUAAUCAUCUUAAACAUUUGCACUUAAUUGUGACUAAAAGUAAACACAGAAAAGACUCAAACAGCCUUUUUGAGAACUUCAUUGAGGCGUUUCUUACAGUAUAGAGAGCUUAGUGUUCAGUCAGCCUGCUCUUGGUCUUUUCUUCUAGCUGUUUUUAGGGAGGUGAAACUAAACACCAGCUCCUUGAUGGCAAUGUUUAUCAAAGAUUCAUUAGUCGUAGUUCCACAGUUAGGAUUACUUUCAUCCAUGAAUUCAUGGAAAUUUUCUGACUCUUUGCAGUCAAAGUUCAGCAGCAGAGCAGUGAGUGCAGGAACACCUUAUUCUCUUUUUGCCUCCAUCUUUUGUGACCUGUCUUCCAAUUGAUUUAGCUCCUCAACAGUGUACACCGGAUCAUGUAAUACAGCCAACCUUCAAAAUGUAAUUACUUUAACCCUCCACUACUGGAUUUAGUUGCAGUUUUCUCAGAAGACUAGUGUGACCACAGUGAAAGUCGUCAUGAUUAUGUCUGGCAGCAAGUAUCCCCUGGUGACAGACUUUAGGCUGCUAAAGUCUGUUUCCCUUCAAUCAGACACAAAAACAAACAUUUAAAAUGCUUCAUAUAGAAACUAGCUUUCUUUGGAAGGCUACAGGAAGCUCCUGCUAAUUGCUUUCAAAGUCUGUACCAUUCCCUGUGUGAGGAUGCAGAAACCACUAAUUAAUCUUUAUAUGCUUUGUGUCCACAAGUACGCAGGGGAUGUGAAUAAGAGAGGGUCUGCAGAAGUCUACUUGCAGCCCAGUUUUUGUGUCCAGACACUGCAGCAUUAGCUUGGCAGUAGUGUGCAUGUGUGGAAUAUGUAGACAUUGUUAUCCAAGCAGGACUAGAAAGUAGCAACAAGGGAGUAUUACACUGCUUUGUUGACACUGCAGAUGUAUAGCGGUUGUGACAGAACUUCCUUGUCUGCUUGGCGGACUCUGUUCCAUACAGAUUCAGACUGACAUCUAUGUACUCAAGUCACUGUCAAAUAUUCGCGAUACUGCUCUAGUGUCCUUGAAGAAACUAAUUUGGGACGGAGCAUGGACAUUCACAUGAACAUGAGGUCUGCAUUAACUUGGGCUGGUGACAAAAUUUCCAACACUCAGACACUAAAGUAUAACACCGGCCUGAAGACGAGUAACGGUUUUUGUCCUGUGCAGACUUUGAAAGCAGACCGUAGAUGCACAUGUGCUUCUAUGCAUACGACAACAGGUCUGUCUGCUACAUAAAUGUGUUGCGUUGCCGGUCAGUUUGAAAACCCACCGGGCUCCAGAUGUGUCUGGAAGGCUGGCUGUGAUAGAGGAGAUAGAGUCAGAGCAGCUGGUUACAGGUUGGACUGUUGGGCUUUCAGUGUGAGGUCUGCAGAGCACAGUGUUCGGACACUUUAGGGAGUUCAGAAGUCUCCACUGUGUUUGGGCACCAUCGUGGACAGAAUGUACAAAUCAAAGACUCCCAAGCACAACUCCUAGAGUGAUGAAUUUAAAAGGUGUGGAUGACAGAAAAUGCCCUCGCACAGGUUCUGCAGCAUUUGUUUUGCUGAUCUAUGUGCAGUCUCUGCUUGCAGAUGCUCAUUUUGUGACUUCUCAGAGGAGUCUAUAGGGACAGAUGAUGAAUUUUACGCCACGUAGUCCCUUGGAGAGAUACGGAAAGCAGAAAUCAGCCUGAUUCAAGGCCUUAAAGCCACAGUAGCCACAGAUAAAGGGUGGAAAAUGCCAAGUUGAACUAAACAGAAACUUUCCUUUGAGAUAUGCGGCCUUGCAGAAGAAGCUUAGGUUGUGUGGUCUUGGGUUUUUUUUCCCCAUCUGCACGAUUUAUCUACUGUAUGUUGAAAAUGUCAUUUUACAUUGUUAGCAUUUAUUAUGUUUAUUUUAGAGACUUCUGCACUACUGCUGUGUGUAUUUUGAAGAGCAUAUUUAGUCAUAUCUAUGCAGGACAUUCAAAAUGAAUAAUUGUGUCUAUUGAUACUGAGUAUUAUGAAGUGCCAGUUAAAUUUUGUGACCUCCACAAGCAAAUAAAAUGACUGAUCUGCUUGUUUUAAGUUAAAAAAAAUACGUUUUGAGUUGUCAAACUUACUACAUUUAACCCAAAAUGGAAAAGAAGGGAGUUUUCAUGUGUUGGUAAACAUCAGAGAAGGUAUAAUUGGGUUUUACAGGUCAGUAACACAACAGAGGUUUGUUUUUGCAUGAGGUGACCAGAAAGUAAAAAUGAAUCUUUACCAAAAAUACGGACCAUAGCGUAUAAAAUAUAGAAUGUGAUUGCAACAUGACAAAAGAGUUUUCCUUUAUUAUACAUCAAACAGGAUAUGCAACUCCAACUGUUUGGCAAUGACAUCUUUAACCACACCUUGCUCAGUUUUUCAAAUUCUUCUCAUUAUUUCAACUUACUCUUUAUUUCAAACUUAUUAUUUCAACAACACAAAAAUUCUUCACAUUUUAGGUUUUUAAAAAUUAAAUCUGUUUUCCUCAAGGCUUGCUAGAUAUCGGUACAGUUUUGUCCAUCCGUCACUGUCACGACUCUUACAUUAUCAAUAAAAAUAUAAAUAUACCGUUUUCAUAAAACAUUCAAAAAUUAAAAAUAUGACAAAGUUUAAGUACAAAACAAUACCGGGACUUCCAGAGUAAAAAAACAAGAAUAAGUAAAGUGUAGCAGAUGUCCACAUUCUUGCAGUAGCUGCUCGUAGACUCAUUUCCUCAGCGCUGAGACAGCAUCUUUCAUAGCUGCCGCUGCCUUUUGCAGUUCAAUCUGUUUCUUUUGUAACUCUGUAACCACAGUGAGGUGACAUUUAGAAAGGAUAAUUAAAACAAACAUUAGUGUUGAAUGUUGUGCUCGUAGACCUACUAUCAUUUAAAAAGUUCAAUGUCAUAAAAAUGAAAACUCCACUUGCUCUUCUAUUACAAUUAUGGAGCAAUAAUUUCUACAUUAAAACACAUUUUUGUUUACU